UUCCUGUGGGAGUGCCUGGGAAAGUUACUCGCCCUCUGCUCUCUUACUGCCAGGAACACCAAGGCAUCAUUACAAGCUCGGUUACAGCUAAACAGACACACAGAGUUGCGGGAUCAUCAAAAGGCCAGGAAAAACAGAGAGACAGGUGCAGAGGAUGUCCAGAGGUGACUGGGGUUUAUUAGAAAACCUGUUAGAGGAAAGUCAGGAGUACUCAACUGGUGUUGGACGCGUGUGGCUCACUGUUCUUUUUCUCUUCCGUAUCCUCGUCUUGUGUACUGCAGCUGAGUCUGCAUGGGAUGACGAACAGGCCGAUUUUGUUUGCAACACCAAACAGCCCGGCUGUGAGGCUGUGUGCUACGACAAGGCUUUUCCUGUCUCUCAUUUCCGUUACUUUAUUCUGCAGGUCAUCUUUGUCUCUACACCCACCAUUUUAUAUUUUGGUUACGUGGCACUAAAGAAAAACAGGGUGCUAGAAGAGGAGAAAGAGAAGCAGCAUGUCAGACAGAAGGACCAAAAAAGCAAAGAAUUCAAGCUAGAUGUGAUACAGGAAGAGAAUGAAGAUGGGAUACCUCCACUAAAGGAAAAGAAGCUUCCUAAGCUCAGGGGGAAGCUACUGGGUGCAUACACUGUCAGCAUCAUCCUCAAAGUACUAAUUGAGGUUGGCUUUAUUGUUGGGUUGUGGUUCCUCUAUGGAUUUGUAAUUCAACCCAAGUAUGAAUGUCAGAGAAGUCCCUGCCCCCACACGGUGGACUGUUUUGUCUCUCGGCCCACCGAGAAGACCAUUUUCACUAUAUAUAUUCAGGCCAUAGCAUCGGUCUCUGUGUUGCUCAAUGUUGUAGAGCUUUUCCACCUUCUUCAACUGUCCAUUACACAUUACAUGGAGAAGAAGUACCAAUGUCAGCAGAUAGGGGUGCCACGAGUAAUAGAGAAAACUCCAACAAAACUGCAGUCAACCAAAGAUCGGGUUCGAACUUAUCAGGAAAAAGGAAAUCUAUAUCUUCCAGCAGAAAACAGCAGCUAUGCUCAGUCUGUCGUGGAGUGGACUGAGAAUAUGCCGCACCCAUCUGAUCGUAUGCUUCCAACAUACUUAAACUGUAUCAGUGACACCACAAAUAGAGGUCACUACAAAAAGGAUGUUUGCACCAAACCCAAUAAGAGUGCUGCUAAAGAGAAACACUCCAAUGAUCAACAUUAUGUGUGAGCUCAGGCGAUCAGUAUAUGUUCGUGUGUUUUGGAAAAUCAGAGGGCGGGAUGAAAUUCCACUUUCUGCUCCCAGAGCAUUUCUGUGAGACAGAUGCCAUUUCCUCCAUUUCCUGUUUGGAUAAAGUGGAAUGUACUUUGUUGUAAACUGGACAUUUAAGGAUAGGAAAGAGAGAUAGGGUAACACUGAUUGUCAAGCAUUAGUAAUUAGCAUUAGCAUCAGUAAAUAAGGUACAGUGAAACAUCAUAAUUUAAGGAAUAGUCUACUGUAGAGUGUUAAGAUUUUCGCUCAACCUAAUGCCUGCUAAUGAGCCAAAGUGUAUGUUUUAUAUGUUAAUGUGUAUGAUUAUACAUGUUCAUCUACAUGUGUGUUCUAUAUGUAGCUACAUACGUAUAUAAAUAACAUAUUAAUGAACAGUAUAGUAAAGAUGCAGGAUUUAGGUUUUUAACAUUAGUGGGCAGUGAAUGGCCACAACAGAGUUUCUUUAAUUAUAGUAUUUAACAUUUAACAUGCAUAAGGUAGCUACAUUCUAGGCCUAAUCACUAAGCUAUUGUAAAAUGUCACUUGAGACUAAAAGUCCAUCUGCUUCUGGGCUGCUUUUUGUGUUUCCUUUUUCUCUCUGUUUCUAUAAAUCUACAGCUGGUACCUGCAAAUAAUGUUGGAUAACAGCAUUGCAUGUUUGCUUACAAGUGAACCGAUUUUCUAAUUAGAACCAGCUAGCUAGCAGGUGCCAAAGAAUCAGAUGCAGUUGCAGGUAAAAUUCAGUUUAAUAAUAAACUCAGGCAAACUGUCAAAAUCAGCAUGUAGGAUCAAAAAUGUUAGGCAGGCUAUGGUCAGGUGAUUAGCAAAGCAAGGCAAAAUCAGCAAUGUAAGAAUGGAAACUAGGGUCAAAUUAUGAAAUCAGAAAGGCUUCAAACAACAAAAGGCAAAAUGAAAUUAAUUAAAUGAUUCUGAAAUAAAGUCCUUUUAAACAGUCUGUUUGUGUGUGUGUGUGUGUGUGUGUGUGUGUGUGUGUGUGUGUGUGUGUGUGUGUGUGUGUGUGUGUGUGUGUGUGUGUGUGUGUGUGAUGUGUGUGAUGUGUGUGAUGUGUGUGAUGUGUGUUUGACUGAACUCAAGCGCCUGGCUGGAGUGCAUUCCCGGGUGACUGCGUUUGUAGGACCAUUUUUUCUCCUUCAUUCCUGAAAAGACUAGUUAGCUUAAACUUUUACUGUAUCUGUGUAUAUUUAAAUGUAUUUAAUGUUUAUACUUUUCAUAAGCACAGUAUUGCAAGUAAUAACAAAAUUUCAACAUGUAGUCAAUAGAGAUAAUGUUACCUAGCCUAGCUAGUAGAUACAAAACUGAGAUAAUGUUGUUUUGGCAAAGCUACAGUAUUUUCAAUUUAUUUUGUAGCAGAGUCAAAACAGAAUCAAUCAGAAGCUACAAUAAACUGCUAAUUCUUGUUACCUGAGUGAACCAACAGUGAGAAUUGUCUGUACAAAAAAAGAAAUUCAUAGUGUGAUGGAUGGUCACGCAUAUGUCACACACAUACACAUGCAAAACUUAACACUACUGUAUGUGCCAAAUGUCUAAUAGGAAGCUAGCUGACUAGCAGCUAGCAUGCUUUACUUCAACUACUUUUAUCUCUGCUGUUUUUUGUUUUUUUUUUUGUAUUUUUAUAUUUUUCUAGAAAAAGGAGGAGGGGAGUCUCUGCAAUCUAAAUUAGCACAUCAAAUCAAUGUAACUAUCUAUGGAAUUAAACAGGCUUUCAAGUCUCUCAGGCAGUCUCAGGCAUUAGAGUCACCCACACUGUUAACAAAGAAGUGUAUUUCUACUUGUAUUAGACAAAAAUAUUCAAGUUAAAUAUACGAAUAUUAAUUAUAUUUUGCAUCUAUUCUAUUUGCUUUUAAUAAAGAUCAAUUGUUUUCCUUGUUUA